AUGAAACCUCAUGAACCUAUUGGUAAGUCAGAUUAUAAGACUAAAAAACUUAUAUGCGAUCUUUUCCCACUAAUACCAAGCGCAAAUAUCAAUCAUUACAUUAAGUUUCACCCAGAAUUACAAAUUCCAGAAAUUAUUGCUCAUUUUUUAGAAAUAAAAGAGGCAACAGGGAAAGUAGAAGACAUAAAGGUAUUAGUGUAUCUAGCAGAAGCACGAACAAUUCUAAGAAUGAAAAAGAAUGAAGUUGAAAAAACACCAGAAAACGAUGAGGCCAAAAACAAAUUACGUUUACAAAUAGCUAAAUUCGAAGUUGAUCCAUCCUUACAUAAAUUUUCCACAAUUAUAUAUGAUUCAAUUUCACAAAUUAGAUUAUCAAAGAAAAGACCAAAACUUGUUCCUGAAGAGUACUUAGAUAAUAUGGCAUUUUUCAUUGCUAAUGAACUAAAAGAAGGAAACAUUUCUCUUGAUAAUAUUGAGUGGGAAAAAUAUCAAGAUACAACAAGAGAACCACUAUUACAACCUUUGUAUGCAGCAGGAUUUAUGAUAAAGACAGCAGAUCCUCUUACUUCUAUUACAAAUAUGAUAACUCAUGAUCCAAAAUUCAAAGAGCUGGUUUUCUCAUCAUUAAGAUAUUGUGGAAUAGGAGCAGCUAUCAGUCAAACAGAAACUCUCUUUUUAGUAAUGAUUGCUGCAGAUCUUGAGUAA